CCGGGCGCGGUGCCCGCCCGGCGGAGCGCGCCCCGCGGAGCGCAUGGAGCGGCGGUGGGUGCCCCUGGCCCUGCUGGGGCUGGGCUUGUGCUGGGCGGCGGCGGCCGCGGCUGCUGAGCGCCACACCGUCUUCUGGAACAGCUCCAACCUCCGGUUCCUGAGGAGCAACUACACAGUGGAGGUGCGCCUCAACGACUACCUGGACAUCAUCUGCCCACACUACGAGGAGGGGAGCGUGGACCCCCGUGCCAUGGAGCGCUACACGCUCUACCUGGUGGAGCCCGAGGAGUACCGGGCCUGCAAGCCCCGCUCCAAGGAGCAGAUCCGCUGGGAGUGCAACAAGCCCAGUGCCCUGCAUGGCCCUGAGAAGUUCUCAGAGAAGUUCCAGCGCUUCACCCCGUUCACGCUGGGCAAGGAGUUUAAGGAGGGGCACAGCUAUUACUACAUCUCCAAACCCAUUCACCACCACGGGGAAGCGUGCCUGAAGCUGAAGGUGAUGGUUGCUGGCAAAGGCACUCAGGCACCGCCUGUCCCUGCCUCUACGCAGAACGGGAGGAUCCAGGCAGAUGAUGCAGCUGCACACGUGCUGAGGAGUGUGGGGCAGAACUCGGCGAUGCGGGGCAGCAGCCCCUUCACUUUAAUCAGCCUCCUCCUGCCCCUCCUGGUGCCACAGGGGCUGUGAGCUGCCCCGCUGUGCCCGGACAGACCAAGGCUGUGGCCACUGGGGAUGGAGCUGGGAUGCUCAGGACCCCUGUGGUCCUCAUGCACCCUGGGGUGGCCUGCCCUGCGCACAUCUGGGCGAGGAAAGGAUUUGUCAGUAUUACAGGGCCGGGGGGCCCGAAGCCAAGCAGAGCAGCCAAAGCCCUCAGGCUGCCCCAGCUCCCCCGGCCCUCACACACAGGAUGGUCUCAGCAGGUGGAGGCUGAGCAUGAGCCUGGACUGGAGGGGCUGCGUGUGCCCCAGACUGGAGGGGAGCAGGGGGCUGGCACCCCUGCCCCUGGAGCUGAGCUUGCUCAUGGAUGGCCCUCGGGUCUCUUUUUGCUGUGGGCUCAGAUUGUGACAUGUCCCGCAGUUGGGGAUGCGGUGCUGGCCCUGGGGCCAGCGGGGUGCCACCGGUGCUGGCUGGGGCAGUGCUCUGGGGCUGUGGCCCCUCAGCGUCACCGGAUCCGGGAUUCUGGACAUCCUUGAGCUGCCUGAGAGCCAGCGUGGCAGAGCUCUAGGAAAAAUCCCCCCCUCCCCACCGUGCUGCACCCCUUCCCCAUCCUUCAUCCCAUCACACACGGGGGCAGUGAGAGCUGCCCCCACCACCCUGGACCUCCCCCUUCCCUUCCCCUCUGCCGGGUGCUGGAGGGGCACCCCUCUGGCAGCACCCUGUAUGGGGUGCUUUGCCUGCCCUGAUUUGUACAGCUUUCUAUCAUGGGAGUUUUUAUACGAUUGUCUUGAAUAAAUAACCAAGAUCACACUGA